GACGUGUUUCCGGAGGAGGAGGAGGAGGAGGAGGAGGAGCGGAUCACGCCGCGGACUGUAGCUACGUAGGUGCCGGCGGCAGCGACUGUAGCGCAUGGCGACCCUGGGACAUCGUGCUCGGGAGACACCGGCGGCCCCAGCCCCAGGACACACCGUGUGCAGUGACGACACCUCCAGGGCGCCUCCCGUAGGCGGUGAAGGCGAAGCAGCUUCUAGGAAGCAAAAGAAGAAGAAAAGCCGGAAUGGGGCCUCUGUGUCGAAUGGAACCGGGAAGGCCUGCGAAAAGCCGGCCCCAGAGGAAUCCCUCCCAAGCCCGGAGGCCCAGGCGGAGCAGCUGGCUCGGGAACUGGCCUGGUGCGUGGAGCAGCUGGAACUGGGCCUCAAGAUGCAGAGACCCAGCCCGAAACAGAAAGAGCAGGCUAUCGGGGCCAUCCGAACCCUGCGCAGCGAAAGAAUCCCUCUGCCCCGCAAGAGGCAGCUGAUGCGCUCCUUGUUCGGGAACUACAGGGCUCAGAUGGAGGCCGAGUGGCGCGAAGCCCUGCGGGCUCUCAAGACUGCAGCCCAAUCAGCCAGUGUGCAGCCUGUAGGUGAGGCCACCAGAAAGAAGAGCCGAAGGAUCUGCAGGCCCCGUCUCGAAAGGGGAGCCAAGGCCCCCCUGGACGUUCCAGAUGAAGAGUUUAGGUUCAAUUUCUUUUAGCCUCUCCUCCCAUCCUGCAAAGCCCCCCUCCCCAGGGUGUAGGGGUUUGCCUGGAGCUCACUUAGUUGGAGGGAUGUGGGGUUGGUCUGUUAACCUGGUGCCAUGGCUGCUGGUCAGAUGUGAGGCCAGCAUAUUGAAUACUGUCUGACAAGCACAAGGCCCCAUUUGUAGGUUUUCAGAUGAAUGGUUCCUGCUGCUAGAAGAGGGAGGUCUAUCUAAAAGGGUUCUGCAGCAAACUGGUGUCAGCAUGUGGCAGGAAUGUCUUGCUCAGUUUUCAGGGUUCGAUUAUGUGGCUGAGGGUGAGAGGGAAGAUGCAUAAUGCACAUUGGUGCUCACUUUGGAAAGGCAUGCUGUUACACUGAUGGUGCUUAGGUAAAGAAAAAAAUAUUAAAAAUUAAAACCAUAAAAAUGGA